AUGCGAGCAAUCAAUCGGAGAUUAGCAGUCCUAGCAUCAGCUCCCGCCUACAACGCAGCCGAAUCCAAGCAAGAUAAGACGGACGGAACACCAGUGCCGUCACGCACCAUAGCCACGUUGUCAGAACCCCGGGAGGCCAGUAACGGACAGUCCGCGUCUGUCGGGCACAGCAGCCGACGAAGAGUUGUCGACGAGGCCUUCGCGGAGGACCAGUUCAAGGGUCAGGCUCUAGUCCGCUUCACCAACGAAGUCGACGAGAUCAGCCGCGUCGCCGACGAGGAUCGCCCGCAAUCUCCGCCGCCUCAGUACCCUGCAUCCGAAGCAUCAGGCUCUACAUCCGCGUCACUUGCCUUUCGGACCGCUCCGCCACCGUUUUCAUCGCUCUUCGCUCCCCCUUCGUCCUCCUUCCAACCGGACCCCGACACCGUUUUCGAGCCCGACAAGCUCGGUCUUUCAUCGACAUCCUCCACUCCGCUCGAGAAGGCAUCUGCACCGGCGUAUGCGCCGCUAGAUUCUGGGCCUUCUGAAGCCUCCAGUGCCUAUCAGGACACCGUCGCCGAGACCAAGCGUGCUCUCCCGCGAGAUACCAAGGCCGAGGGCUCAUCACAGAGCAAGGAAGACGAAGCAGAGCCACCGCCAGCGUAUUCGGAGGGAUCCAGUCCUCUCCAAACUUUCACAUAUCUCAUGGCUGCCGCAGGAGGAGCCUCGAGUAUUAUUACUCAGGUACAACAAGGCGGACCGCCUAUCAACGCAAUCGGAGAUGUUGGCGCAGAUGAGACCAUUACGAUGGACCUGCGGGGCACCCGCUUUGUCCUCUCAAGAGACGAGCUGCUGACGCUCCCCGAAUUUGUCCUCCUAUCACUUUUCCCCAAUGGCCUCUUCCCUGAGGGUCAUAUGGGCGGAUUCGCAGAUGGAGACGCUGUUCAAGUUGACUAUGACCCAGCCUCGUUGCAAUACAUGCUCGAGUUCUUCCGGAAUGUUGCCCAGUCUAUUCCCACAGACACCUCAGCCAGCGCAUCACAGGAUGGUGAUGCCAUGCCGAUCGAGCCUUUGGGAGGCUCACGAGACGAUUCAUCCAAGAGAGCUGGUAUCAUCGUGCUCCGUGAGGACCUAGACUUCUAUGUCAUUCCUCCAAAGGCAGACAUCAACCAACCUGAGAUGGUUGAGGUCAAAAGAGCGGCCGCAAGAGCUUUGCUGAGACAAGACGGAAUCUUCUCGGGACUGAAGAGAAGUGACGAGCCUGGAACUACUGAGGCACAUCUUAUUGAGAUGCUUACGGCAGGUGGCUUUAAUCACGAUGAUCAGUGGGGACACAGAGCUGGCGAGCCCAACAAAGCUGUCAUCUGCAGCCUGGCUCUCGCGAGGCUGCGAAGCGAUAUCCGCGGCAACGAGAUGGGCAACAACGCAGUGGGCAUGGCGCAGAAGCUCCUGCUCUUCUGGAGGAAACCGGCGAGAAGGUGUUGGUGGGAGGGAGUUGACCUGAAUGAUGUCGAAGGAGUUGAAGGCACGCUCAAAGUCUGGAUCAGGAGGGUGUGGACUUUGGAGAUGAGCGUGAUCGGUCUCAGAUAA